AUGCUGAGCCCAAACCCAAACACAGACAUCCCAACGCCCAUGAUUGAUGCGGCAACCUAUUACGACGUGGCUAGCCAACAGUUACAUCUGGUCAUUACCUACUCCAGCGGCAUAUCCCUCAGGCCAGAUAGUAUAGAGGUCAACCUGAUUACAGGCCAAUCUACCGAUACUACCAUGGUCGGUAAUGGCAACCCCACGUUUCCAGCAAACUCAAACACGGGAACCAUAGAGGUACCACUGUCGUUGGCUUCAGCUUCCAAAGGAGGACAGAUCACCGUCGCCGGUUUAGUUGCCGGCAAUAAUUCAUGGGAAUCGAGUCCUCCCAGUGUCCCCUGGCCGAUUCCUGCAAUCAACUCAUCACCUUUCACCAGCGGCCUCACGGCCACCUUUACUUCUCUUGGGUCCGUUGAAUUGACUUGGACAUGGAUUCCGGACACGAGUGCAACCGCACAACAGGUCUCUUUGACUAUUGAAGGACAGACUCUUGUCACAACCAUGGUCGCGAAGACUGGCCCGACUGGCAAUACAACCUUCACCAUGACCCAAGCCAACAAGCUAUUCACGCCAGGCCGAAAGUUCAUUAUCCAAUGUACUCCCAUUGAGCCCGGCUUAUGGGCCACUCCAGUGAAUACCACAUUUUCUAUCCCCAAGUCUAGUUCGAUGACGUCUAUCUCGUUGAACAACUCACCCGUUGUCUCCCCUGAGUCUACAAUUACAAGUCUUUCUGUGCAAGGAACAAACACUAUGCAGCUCUGGUGGGGAACCUCUCAAGGGGCCAUCGAGACAGCCGAGUUCCCUCUUCAAAGGUUCCAACCGGAAACAACGCAAUUCGCUGGUGCAUCGACAAUUCCCGGCACAGGAUCUUGCCUGGCUUCCGCAUCUGUCAACUCUACCAACCAGCAGGUUUGGUGGAUUACGGAAACUGGGGCUAUUGAUGGACAAGUGAACAGUGGCAAAGGAUGGGCGCCACCUGGCACAGGACCUGGGGAGGUAUUCCCCUUCAAUAAGGCUAGUACAGCUUCAACAGUCAACGGGGGUUCCAUGGCAAGUCUCAUACUACAGUACAAUCUUGGGGCAAUCCUUUUCUGGGUUGAUCCCAAAGGUGCUAUCGGGUGCUGCAGAUGGCUUGCUAGCUCGGGUUGGCAGGAUGUUUUUAAUGCCCUUUCUCCCGGAACGGCAAGCCCCGAUAGUCAGCUAACUACGUUAUCCUUUGGUAGUACUGCCUACGUAUUCUGUGUUUCUGAGGAGGGCGCGGUCGUUGGUGGUAGUUGGUCCGACGCUACAGGUACUUUAGGUCUCAUGUCUCCAAUUACAGUCGCAUCAUCUGGCAAUGCAGCGCCUGGCGGUGGAAUAGGUUCGUUCAGCGUCAGUGAUACGGUCGGCGGCAAUUCACAGGAGAUUGCAGUCUUAUGGACGACACCAAAAAACAGCAUCGAGAUCGCCUUUGUGUAUGAGGAGUCCUACUCAUUUCGCAACUUCCAACAACCUCUUACUGUGGCUCAAUCAGUUUUAGCAGGAACAGGUAUUGCGGUUUAUGCCACCACAGCGAACCAGUGCUCCAUUUGGUGGAUCGGACAAUACGGCGAUCUCAGGAGGACAACAGUGGAUCCCACAAAAGUCUCAUCGACGCCGACGCCCAAUUGGCCUGUGUUUGAAGAGGUUGGCCCUGGUUUUUGCAGGCAAACUCGGUCACUUAUUGUUCAGAAACUAUCUGGAACGCAGUUCGAUGUUUUUUAUGUAAAUACGAAAGGUGCAUUGGCUGGUUUGGCCUAUAGCCUUUAG